AUUUCAGAGUACCGACUUCUACGUGCCACACGCGUAUAUACUUAUAUUACGCUAAUACCCAGAGGUCCAUCAGAAUUCAGAAUAUAUUCCCAAAAUUGAAUAGGGGGAAGAAGGUUUUCUGUUAUGGUACUGUUACACGCGAGGAAGGAAGAGGGUGAAGGAUCGCGAGAGGAGACUGUGCUGAAGGGAAUGCGAUUGGGGAAGUACGCCUUGGGAAGGACUCUGGGAGAAGGCAACUUCGGGAAAGUUAAGUACGCCAAGAACUCGGAAUCGGGUCAACCGUUUGCGAUUAAAAUAUUGGAGAAGUAUAGAAUCCUUGAUCUCAAGAUCACCGAACAGAUAAAAAGGGAGAUUGCCACACUAAAACUCCUUAAACACCCAAACGUUGUCAGACUUUACGAGGUCCUGGCAAGCAAAACAAAGAUAUAUAUGGUCCUCGAGUAUGUCAAUGGUGGUGAACUAUUUGAGAGAAUUGCCUCCAAAGGAAAAUUCGUAGAAGCGGAAGCCAGGGGGCUCUUUCAGCAAUUAAUUGAUGGUGUUAGUUACUGUCACAGCAAAGGUGUUUUCCACAGGGAUCUCAAACUUGAGAAUGUGUUGAUUGAUGCAAGUGGAAACAUUAAGAUAACAGAUUUCGGCCUAAGUGCAUUACCUCAACAUUUUAGGGAUGAUGGGUUGCUGCAUACAACAUGUGGAAGUCCAAAUUAUGUUGCCCCAGAAAUUCUUUCAAACAAAGGAUAUGAUGGUGCAGCCUCAGAUACAUGGUCAUGUGGUGUAAUCUUGUAUGUUAUUCUCACUGGAUUCCUUCCCUUUGAUGACCGUAAUCUGGCAGUGCUCUAUCAGAAGAUAUUCAAGGGAGACGUUCAGAUGCCAAAAUGGCUUUCUCCAGGAGCUAAAAACCUGAUAAGGAGGAUUCUCGAUCCCAAUCCUCACACACGAAUAACCAUGAAUGAGAUAAAAGAGAAUGAGUGGUUUAAAAAAGGAUACACUCCUUUAGAUCCCUUGGAAGAAGAAGAAAACCAAGAAGAAGAUGGCAAUGAAGAAGAUGAAGAAGAAGAAGAAGAAGAAGAUGGUUGUACAGAUGAUGAAGAACCCUCUUCACAGGAGAUGCCCACAGAUGCAGAAAAAGAGCAAGAAUCCCCAACUCUAAUCAAUGCCUUUCAGUUGAUUGGAAUGUCAUCAUGUCUGGAUCUUUCUGGUUUCUUUGAAAAAGAAGAUGUUUCCGAGAGGAAAAUCAGAUUCACAUCAAAUCAUUCUCCGAAGAAAUUGUUAGAGAGGAUAAAAAAUACAGUUACAGAGAUGGGCUACAGUGUUUUGAAUAAGAAUGGGAAGUUGAAAGUGAUGCAACAGCACAAAGGUCAGAGAUCCCCUGGAUGCCUGUCCGUUGUUGCAGAAGUUUUUGAGAUAAGCCAGUCGAUAUAUGUAGUCGAGUUGCGGAAAGCAUAUGGCGAUCAUAUGGCAUACAGACAGCUAUGCAACAAACUAUCUAGUGAGUUGGGUGUAUCAUAGCAGGCUUAGCAGCCCCAGCCCCAGCCCCCAAGAUAUCUAAUUUGUGGCUUUGAUGAGAUGGGGCUCUCAAUUCAAGCAACAUGUAAAGAUGCUAGGACAGCCUAUUUAUUAGUAUGACAUUAUAUAUAUAUAUAUAUACCAAAAUGGAACAGUAGUUGAUGUCAACAAACAACCGGGGAUGCUGUUGCGAGAAAACCUUAGACCCUAGACCGAUCGAAACUAUAUUGCAUGAAGAUAAAUUUGAAAAAAAAAAAAAAAAAAAGAUACAAUCAAACAUGUUGAAGUCAGACGCUUGAUUAUACAAUCAGCAGGCACUUCAUGGAAUAUGACAAAUCAGGUGCAUAUGAGUUUCAACCAACAAUAUUAAUUGAGGUGUAUGCGAACAAUGGAUGUGUUACUAUUGUACAUAGCCGAACAGCAACCACUAUAAAUUUGCGAAACAUAAAGGUAUUGCCCCCUUCCUUCAAAUCUCACUCCUACCUGCUUCUUUGGUUUUGAGAGUCCCACCGCUCUCAAAGGGAACAAGAGGAACUAGGGAAUGCAAAACAUCUGUUAUCAUCGGCCGAUAGCUAGGUUCUGGUUGUAUGCAUAGCAGUGCCACUGCAGCAACCUGCAUGCAAAGUGGUACCAUAUAGCAAAUAAGAUUCUACACUCUCCACAUGUUUCUGAGUGGUCGUCCAUAGUUAUGUAGCUAGGCACAUGUUUCUGAGUGGUCGUCCAUAGUUAUGUAGCUAGGUUGAAGUUUAAUCUGAAUCUUAAAUCCCAUUUAUUCUUCUUGGAAGGAUAAUUGAGAGAGGAAUAAAACAGAA